AUGAAGUUCCUCGUUGCGAUCGCAGUCUGCGCCCUGGUCGGUGUCUGUGCCGCCGACAGCUACGGCAAGCCGGCCUACCCGGCCGCCCCGGUAGCCCACACGUACGCUGCCCACGCCCCGCACGUCAAGUGCGGCGCUAACCUGCUGGUCGGCUGUGCCCCCAACGUUGCCCACGUGCCGUGCCACCCUGCCCACGGUGGCCACCAGGAGUACCAUCAUGCGCCGGCCCCGGCCUACCAUCACGCACCGGCCCCAGCGUACCAUGCGCCUGCCCCGGCCUACCACGCCCCGGCCAAGAAGGAGUACCAUCACGCCCCGGCCCCGGCCUACCACCAUGCGCCCGCUUACGAGGCGAAGAAGGAGUACGCCGCCCCGGCCUACGAGGCACCGAAGAAGGAGUACGGCCACCAUGCUGCCCCUCCCAUGCACCACGGAUACGAGGCCAAGAAGCCGGCGUACGGCGGAUACGGCAAGCGCUCCAGCGACUUCGAGGCUGAGAUGGAGGAAUAA